GAUACGUGUUGCUAAAAUGUUGGCGUCACGCAAUAACCUUAGAAGAUCGGCUGCGAGGCGAACCGAACCGAGCCUUGGCCGGCACGUGAGGAGAUCGUGUUCACUGAGGGAUGUUGUUCUCCGCACGUUGAAGUGCAUCCUCAACGCCGACGUCCGCGAUGAGCAGGCGGCAGUCGCGUGUAUCUAUUGAUGUUCGCCAGAACGACACCCUGCUGGAAUUCGAAAAUUUCAAGAAGAAAUUCCUACUCGCCAACAAACAUAUCACCAAAUUAAACUCAACUUUGAGUAUACGAAUUGAAGAACUGAAUGCCCAGAUAUCAGGCCUUUACGUCGAGAACCUCCGCCUGCGAGCGUCAGAGAUAGCGUUGUCUGCGCAACUCAAGAAGGAACGUGAGAAGUCGAGAAAGAUACUAGCAGAUGCGGAAGCUGCAACGCACAGCUUCAUGAAACAACUGGGAUACAUCAGAAAGGCAAAUAACAUCUCACCAGGAAGGUCGAAGACACCUGAAUCACAACAUGCACCUGUUCCUCGUGCACGACGUCCUAUUAUCAACCCAGACUCAACACCGCCUGUUAAUCGAAUAGCGCGGCCGCCGACUGUACCGGGUAUCAUCGAAGGCGAUGAAACUAACUUGUCUUCUCCCGACAGCCCUGGAGCGGACCCAGAAGACGAGGACGAGCCACCGAGCCCUACACCUGUACGCCGGAAGAGUAAAGCACGGGCUUCAAGCUCACGACUGCCCUUGCCGACACCACGCAUAGCCUCACCCGACCCCCCACUAUCGAUUGAUCUUCCAACCGUAAACUUUGCAGAGCAACUCAAGGCUGGAAAACGGAAACCUACAAGGCGACAAAGCGGACUGCUUACGACGAGCGUGUCUAUUACAACAGUGACGGAACGGCCGCCAAGUCCCGCUUUCGGCUCGCCUUUGAGGAGAGAUGCGGCACUUGAAGAGGAGGAGGAAGAAGUCCUAGCUGUGAUUGGUGGUAUUGACGGACAGGAUGACGACGAGCCCGAGAUUAUCACGCAAAGGAUCACACGGAGAGAGAGAAAGAAGAAAUCGAGGGAGAAGGAGACCGAGAAGGAAUCGGGCGGUGAGGGUUCGACGAAGGAGCGGGAGAGGAAGAGAUCACGAGACUCGGAGGAACAAACAUGGACUGUGGAGGGCGGAAAGAAGUCCAAACUAAAGGACGUCACUAACUCUCCACCAAGCCGCUUACCGGCCUUGGAUAUUCCCUCCUCCGAUCGCGAACGACUACAUACCCCGGAACAUGAGAUACCCACUUCAGCUACAUCCGCCACGACAUCUUCCUCAUUAGCGACUACACGCACAUUCCUCACGACCCCCGCUACGACCCCUGCACCUUCCCUCAAGUCCGAACAUCAGUCCCAACUUGUUACUCCACGAUCCUCAAGCCCUGCACCUGAUUCCGAACCUGCUGGUGGUCGGGAGCGGCGAGCACGGAAGAGCGUCAACUACGCAGAACCGAAGCUCAACACGAAAAUGCGGAAACCUGACCCUCAACCGUCUAGCUCGAAACGUGCCUCUACCUCGAGCUUAGGUCCAGACGCACCACGUCGCUCCCUCGAAGGCGCUCCUCCCAUUCCCUCGAGCUCUUCUACUGACAACACUGCAAUGACCCAACCCCAGCCCGUGGCUGGUGUGAAGCGGAAGAAGUCAUUAAGAGUACACGUCUUGUCUGAAGAUGGUGAGGAGAGCGAAGGUACUCAAGCUGAUGCCGAGUAUGGCGGUUUGCGAGUGAGUGCAAGUAGCUGGGUGAAUACCGAUGGCAGACGGCGAAGUAUUCAUACGGGAAGUUCCAGAGAUCCGAAAAGAUUAGAGGGAGAUGAUGGAAGGCGACAUAGUAUGGCUGUAUAGGUCAGGUUGCUUGCUUUGCGAUUACUCUUUGGAUUGUAACUGAUUCACUGUUCCGCUAUGUUUGGUGUACAUUAUCAGUGAUAACCUAUAGUACUGUAUGUUCUUAUACAUUCCCUGACCCAUGUUCAGUCUUAUUUUACACCUUUCAGGGCUCUGUCUUGCGGCUUCUCUGUCCCGUAGUUAUGAAAUUACGUCGACCUCGUUGGCGCUCCUCGGAUCAGUUAGCCGAGCUCCUUCCAGUUCAUUUCGCCGAGCAGGAACAGACUUUGACUCGGAAGCGACCAAGCUUCCCUGUCACGAGAACGCCCUACCGGCGGUCAAGAUGAAAUACAUACUGCAUUGCUCCGCCAGUCAGUUGAUGCACAGCCAACCGCAGUGACAGUAUUCCAUAUAUCUUACUAGCCAUCAGCAAGGAAGGUGUGAUAUUCCAUCGACAUUGCCAAACGCAAGACAAAAUGAACUCAGAAUCCAAUU